AUCUUAUCUUCUAUGAAAAUCAUAUUCCAUCAUUUUUGACAAUGACAGUUUACUAGUGAGUUUUUUUGGCAUUCUUCAUCAAAAUUAUUUGUAAAAUGUUGCGGGGUCUUAUAGAAAAAAUUCCCAGUUUCAUAGUUAAAACCGUUUCGAAUCCACAAGUGAAUCAUAACUUUAUUAGAUCUCUAUCUAGAGCCAAGAGAAGCUGUAGCUGUGCAGAUGGAGAUUUAAGUACAAGAGCUUCAAAAUUUUCAUUGUCAGAACGAGAUAAUAAUGAACGCAAAGGUGGGAGUAUGGAUGUUAUCAAUACUAAAAGCACUGCAUUCAAUAGUAUUCCAUUCUACUCAACCAUAUCUAGAGACGGUUCAAAUAAUCAACAAUUUAAAUUACAUAAAUCAAGAAUAGAUGAGGAUAUUCGUGAGAACAGAAAUUGCGAAAGAUAUCAACUUGAAGCAGCUAGACCGAAACCUCGGUAUAAAUUUAAUGUUGAAGAAUGUAACGAAUACAGUUUUUCGAAAGAUGUUUUACAACCAAAAAAUCUUAAACCAUUUCGAUCACCUCACAUGGAACUUGCUUUGACCGUUGGAACAGAACGUUUACCUUUGAUAAAGAAGGUAUCAAUGAUUGAAACUAUCAACAAUUCAAAUGCUACAGAUAUCGAUAAUAAAAUAUCUGAUGAAAUAAAAGGAAACGACUACUCACACAAAGCUAUAAAUGAGUCCUCCAAUUCAAAUGAUGAGGAAAUCCCAAAAUACGACUAUAAAAAACUUGGAUACACCUAUUCUAAUAACUACAUUCCACGCCCUUCUUAUUCAGAGUAUAUCAACUUGAGAACUAAUAUGACUAAUUCACAAAAUAAAAACAUUUUGAAUACCAAACAAGACAUUCCUGCUGCACAAUGGCGUGGUUAUAGUAAUAUUUCCAAUGUAAAUGAAAAAAAUCCAGACGAUCUUAGCUAUAAGCAAAAUAAAAAGGAUUCCUAUGAAAAUAUUUUAGUUGAGAAUAGCACCAAUAGAAAUAUUUUCACUAGUGGUAUUAAAACUACAAGCAAAUCUGUUUUUUCGAGCUCACGCUUGAGGCGAUUAUAUAUUAAAAGCGGACAGACAAUUCCAUCUUAUUCCGAUUAUAUAAAAUCUCAAACUGCACAACCUAUAUCAGUUCCAAAUGAGCUACCAAAUAAAUUUGAUAAUUUGGGUACCGCAACAACUCGCACUCUAUUGGUUCAGAAUAAUACAGAUGUUGAACAGAAACGACAAUUUUCUAGUACUCCUCAUUUGGCCGUAGGAAAAAAAAGUUAUACAAAUUCGGACUUUAAUUCUAAUAACUCUUACACACAAUCUUCAAACACAGGUACUGCUCUUUUACCAUCUGAGAAUGCGAACUCUGUGUCUCUAAUAUCCUCCAGAACAUAUUUUAUGUGUCCAUCGUAUUCCGAUUAUUUGAAAACAUCUCAAAAACAUUCCAUCGUUGAAGUUGAACCCAGUAAAGACAUUAAACAUUUGUUCAGUAGUAAGAUUGUUAACACCUCAGAUGUAGGUCAAAACCGUCCGUUAAGUACGAAAAAAUCAAACAGAAAUACUCCAACGGUGCAAACAAUAGUAACCUUGAAUAAAUCACAAAAACGGGAAAUAUCUUCAAAUGAAACCAGUAUAUUCCACAGAAGGUCCAGCGAGAAUAGUAAAUAUACAUCAUUAGACGAUAAUCAUUCUGUAGCCGCCAGGAAUCCAUUGUUGACAACUUAUUCAAAACAAUAUUCAUCCAAAAAAAAAUGUAAGCCAAAACCAGAUCCAUGCGAGCCUGAAAAACCAAAAAAAUGUUUCCUCCCGUCAACAGUGAGAUUGCCCCCAUUUUCAAAAUGCAGUCCCAAAUAUAAACCUUGUCCGAUACCAGACAAGUGUCCGCCGAGAGCCGAUGAUUGUAUGUGUGUGAAAGCAAAACAGCUGCCAGUCCUCCACCCUGCAGGGUGCAUCUGUAUUGAUCCAUAUAUUCCAGAGAAAGCGCCUGGUUUGAAACGACUUAAAUUUGUUGCUCCUGAUCCACCCAGGAUUUGUCCUCCACCUAUAUGUGCCGAUGCGGUCAGAGCUGACGAUAAUCUUGUCCAGAAACCGAAGAAAUUGAGGCCCAUUAAACCCAAGCCUUGUGACUGUAUCGAGCCUCCUCCUAUGGUGGAUGUACCUCUGAUUAGACUGAAAAAAAUUUGCGAAGAUGCAGACGAUAUAUGUUACCCCCCAAAACCAUGCCCUCCACCUCCACCUUGUAUACGAGCGGAUGAUAAUCUCUGCGUGAAACCAAAGAAGCUACCCAUUCUUGUAAAUCCUGUGUGUCCGUGUAUAGAAGAAACGGUAAAGGACGCACCACCUUUGAAGAGAUUGAAUCUCAAAUCUCCCGAACCACCAAGAAUAUGUCCAAGACCUUGUAUAUGUAAAGUAGAUUGUCCUAGAGCAGAUGACAAUUUAGUGAUCAAGGCUAAGCCACUUCCUCCAAUUAAACCAGGUGAAUGCCCCUGCAUAGAACCUGAAAUGGUGGAUGUAGAAUAUAAAAGGUUAAAAUGUAUAGAGGAUCCGGAAGAAUGUCAUUACACAGAUCCUUGUGAAGUACCGCACCCAAGAGCAGAUUUUGGAUGUUGGGAAUAUUAUGUUCCCGAACCAAAGCCAAUAUGUCGGGAAGUCGAAAUCAAAUCUCCGAAGAAACCUUGCAAGAAAAGUAGGAAGAAUAAAACGAGGACAUAAUGUAUUGUUCUUAUAUUUUUUUGUGUUCCAAAUUAACUGUUUAAAGAAUUUUGAGAUAUAUGAUUGCCGCAGA